AUGACCUCUAAGCGAUUUAACGUCAUCGGCCACCGCAGCCAAGACUUUGACAAUGUUCUAGGCUCUUUACAGUAUUCCUCCUCGGGUGAAAAUGAUCUUCGUGGUCUUGACGAGGCCCUGCAAGAAUUUGCUCAGAAAAAGGCACUUGCGGUCAAAAAACGUCGCGGACCGGUUAUGGGCAUUCCCGACGAUCAGCUGCCCGAAGAGGUAAAUGACAUGAAAGAGGACGACAGCCUCAGUGAAGACUAUGAAGGAGAUGAAGAAGAAGAGGAGGAAGAGGACGAGAAGGAGGUAGACUCCAGCCUUUCCUUCUACAACUGCCUGGACUUUGUCACCCGACCGACAACCAGUCGGCGUCAAGCGUUGGACACUGCAGCGGAGGAAAGCAAGACGCCUGUUGUCCCGGAAGGCAGCAACCUAACUCUUAUUUUCCCCACGGUAAACCAGCCGACUCUUUUGGUUAUUUCGCUCUACGUAAUAGUUGUAAUUUCCAAGAUGGUCGACUACAAAUAUCCUUCUGUUCUUCUUAGUACCGAAGGUCAGCUCAUAAUUAAUCUCUAG